GUUUGGGGCAUAUACGGAUCUCCCAGUCGUUCCGGAUACGGUGGAAUCGGGCUUCUCGGACCGCGCUGCAUCCGUAAAACCCUCUCCUGGACCCAAUCUCGUCCCCGGAUUUCGCUGCCUGUGCUUCGAUCUGCGAGGCUUACUGAACACUGAUUCCAGAUUUAGCUUAAUUCCCAUGACCUUUGGCUUGUUUUCUCAUUGGUGACUUGUGCUAUAUUCCAGAUGAGUUCAACAAUACCGACAUCUCCAGACAUUCAUCCAUCGAUGAUGAUUUCCUCAUUGGAGCAUCCGCAUUCACAGCAAUCAACAGCUUCCUCUGGUCAAUCAGAACCAGAAAUUGCUGAUGAUAGUGAAAUUAAGCUGUUGUCAGUGUCUUGGAAUCAAAACUAUGGACGCUUUGCUUUUGGAACAAGCAAUGGCUUUCGAAUCUAUAAUUGUGAUUCUCUUACAGAAGCCUUUAGGAGAGAUUUUAAAGGUGGGGGCUUCAGAAUAGUUGAAAUGCUAUUUCGUUGUAAUUUCCUGGCUCUUGUUGGUGAAGACACCAACACUCAGUUCCCACCUAAUAAAGUAAUGAUCUGGGAUGACCAUCAGAGACGUUGCACUUAUGAACUCACAUUUAGAUCUCAUGUCAGAGGUGUGAAAUUAAGCCGAGAUCUCAUUGUUGUAGUUCUUGAGCACAAGAUUUAUGUGUACAACUUUGCAGACCUGAAGCUUGUUCAUCAAUUAGAGACGCUAUCUAACCCCAAAGGGCUUUGCUGCCUCUCACAUCAUUCUAAUACUUUAGUGUUGACAUGCCCUGGUAUACGCCGGGGAGAGGUUCGGGUCGAACAUCUUUUUCUGAAGAUGAAAAAGAUCAUUAGUGCUCAUGAUUCUCAGAUAGCUUGCAUGACCUUGACCUUGAAUGGGCUGCUUCUUGCAACUGCAAGCACAAAGGGUACAUUGAUUAGAAUAUUCAAUACAAAUGAUGGUACUCGGUUACAAGAGGUACGCAGAGGACUAGAUAGGGCUGAUAUAUAUAGCAUUUCUUUCUCUCCAAAUGCACAGUGGCUGGCAGUCUCUAGUGAUAAAGGGACUGUCCAUGUGUUCAGUCUUCGAGUUAUAGCUGCUCGAGGAGAUGCUUCCACCCAGCUUGUAGCUGCUCAAAUUCCAGGAAAUGUGCAGCAGAAUGCCCUCAUCUCUGCGAAAACUGGAGGCAACACUAACUCAUUCCAUUUUAUAAAAAGUGUCUUACCAAAGUACUUCAGUUCUGAAUGGUCAUCCGCUCAGUUCCAUCUAGCAGAAGAGACAUACCAUAUUGCUGCAUUUGAUGCUCAAGACACAGUUAUGAUUGUUGGAAUGGAUGGCAGUUUCUAUAAGUGCACAUUUGACCAGGUGAAGGGCGGGCAGAUGGUACAACAGGAUCAUAUGCGCCUGUUGAAAAAAAUCUGAUUGCCAUCAGCCACUGAAAUGUACGCAACUUGGCGGAUUGCUCUGCUCAAUCUGUACACCGGACUGUGAUUUGACCCUUCCUUUUUACCUUUGUAAAAACCUUCCGAAGUAAGUGCAACUUCAUCUGAUACUGGUGAUCUGCUGAUAUAUCGAUUCAUUUCUUGUUGAU